AUGGUGUGGAAUGCUUGCUGGAGUGAAGGGAAGGAGCAAGAGAAAGCCGUGGAAGAGGCAUGGGAGAACCUAAGGACACUAGAAAAUGAGCUCCAGGGGAAGAAGUUCUUCGGAGGAGAGACUAUUGGACUUGUAGACAUUGUAGCUAACUUGAUACCUUCUGGGAUUGGAAUAUUUGAGGAAGUAGUAGGCAUAAAAUUGCUAGAUGAAGAGAAAUUACCCAUUUUAUGCAGAUGGAUUGAACAGUUUCUCAGUUGUGAUGUUGUCAAGGAAUGCUUGCCUCCCCGAGAUGAAUUAGUUGAAUUUGUUCAAGCUCGCAAGGAAGCAAUCGCUGCGUCCAAAUCCAUGGUUUAUAAAUUAUAA